AUGAUACGAACAUUUAUAUUUUUUGAUCUGGAAACAACUGGAUUAAUUGGAAAAAAUGUUAUGCCAAAAGUUACAGAAAUGUCAUUAAUUGCAGUAUCAAGAAGUGCUAUAUGUGAUACUACAGAUGUUUUACCAAGAGUUUUACAUAAACUUGUUCUUCCAAUAAAUCCAAAUAUACGUAUUUCUGAAGGGAUUGAAACAUUAACAGGUUUGUCCAAUAAAAAUUUAGAAGAAGUUCAAUAUUUUAACUGUGAAGUAUAUAACUUAAUAAUAAAUUUUAUAAACCGACAAAUAGCACCAACUUGCUUUGUAGCUUAUAAUGGAAAUAAGUUUGAUUAUCCAAUAUUUUUAUCAGAGCUUAAAAUUAUUAACAAGAAUUUUUGUGAAGAUAUCUUAAGCAUUGACAUGCUUCAUCUAAUCAAAGAAUUUUUCUCAACUAAACAAAAAUCAACGAAAGAAGUGAAUGCUGCACAAAUUACUACUUCUAAUUCUUUUAAUGCUGAAGUUAGUAUUUUAUUAAAUGAUGGUUGUGAUGAAAUUUUAUCUGAAGCAUUAGAUUCUGUUAUGAUUGCACAUUUUGAGAAUUAUAAAAAAAGUAACACUAGUAUUUUUGAAAAGGAAAAAAUUACAUCUUUUGAUAAUAUGAAUAGUACUCCACCAAGUAAUUGGUAUAAAAAAAUACAACAAAUUAAUGAAAAAACGCCAGAAAAUCAAAUUAUAAAAUUACAACAUUCUGAUAAAAAUUUUCAGAACAAGAAAGGAAUUACUGUACGAAGAAAAUUAGAUUAUACGAAUAGUAAGCCAACUAACUUUAAAUUAUCUAGUGUUUGCAAGCAUAUUUUUGGUACUGACCCAGAAAAUCUACAUAAUGCAGAAGGAGAUUGCCUUAGUAUGAUACGUUGUGCUAUUCAAUUAGGAAACUCCUUUGUUGAAUGGGCUGAUUGCAAAGCAGUACCUUUAAUUAAUUAUAACAAACAAUGACAGCUAUGAUAAAUUACACCACUGUCGUUUUUAUUAAUAUAU